AUGGCAUCCGAGACGAUAAACUUUGGUCAAAUAUUCGCUGUCGCUGUCGUCGGCUUUCUUUUAUACCGCUGGUUCUCUGGACCCAGUGUACCCUCAUCACAAUCUUCUGGUCGCAAUGGAGGACGUCAAGUCAAUCCCGAACACGUCGAAGCAGUAGCCCAAAUGUACCCUCAGUUGGAUCGACGAGCAAUCAUCUGGGACUUGCAUCGGAACGGAGGCAGCGUACAAGCGACUGUUGAAAGAUUGCUCGGUGGAAGAAGUCUGGAAACACCUCCACCAUCUUUCCAGCCUCCGAUACCACGUGCUGCAGCCCCACCUACUACCAGCAGGUCUAUAACUGAGGUCAAAGUCAACCCCGACCUAAUCACUCGCUACAAUCUUGCAUCUCGUCUCGACGCUGCAGAAGGCAAGCAGGAGGCUGAAACGACGGGCACCAAGGGAUGGUCCCAGAACAAGACGGAAAGAUCGGAAAUUCUAAGACGAAGAAGGGAGGAAAUGGUGCUCGCUGCGAGAAGAAAGAUGCAGGAAAAAGAUCAGACUCAGGCCGCAUAG